ACAUAUACCUUUUUGGCUAGGUCAUCAUCCUUUGAAACAAUAUUUGAUUUGUGUGAAAGGUUACACAAUUAAUGUUAUCGCACAUAGUUAUAAAUGGUCCAGCAAGAUAAACAGCUUAUUUACAUUAUGAUUACAUAAGUUAGGUGCCUACCUACUGUAAGUUGUCCGAACAGUUGAUUAUUUAUACUCGAGUGAUGCAUACAUUCAAGGGAAAGAGGAUUCUUGUGACUGGAGGUUCUCAAGGAAUCGGAAAAGGUAUUGUCAUUGAACUAUGGAGACUUGGCGCCAACGUAGUGACAAUUUCAAAUCAGCCCGACGAACUACAAAUACUCAAGUCAGAAUACCCCUCAAUUGAAACUGCGUGUGUCGAUCUAUGCGACUGGGUCGCAACCAGAAAGACCGUGGAGUCGCUCGGCGUGUUUGAGGGCUUGGUCAAUAAUGCUGGCGUCGCUAUUAUAGAGCCGUUUUUCGAAUGCACACCAACUAGCUUCGAUAGGACGAUGUCAAUAAAUGUUCGGGCCAUUCUCAACGUUAGUCAAGUUGUAGCACAGAAAAUGAUACAACACAAAAUAAAGGGCUCAAUAGUUAACAUAUCAUCGCAGGCUUCAAUGGCAGCCCUACCAAAUCACAUCGCGUACUGCGCUUCAAAGAGCGCCGUCGACUCGAUGACGCGUGUGAUGUCCCUAGAGCUGGGUCCGUACGGAAUCCGCGUGAACACCGUCAACCCUACCGCUGUCAUGUCGGAGCUGGGGCGCCGCGUGUGGGCCGACCCCGUCAAGGCGGGCAACAUGCUCGCCAAGAUACCUCUAGGAAGGUUUGGCGAGGUAGAGGAUGUGGUGAAUACGGUGUUAUUCCUGCUCAGCAGCCGAGCCACUAUGAUCGCCGGCGUUCAGCUGCCGGUGGACGGGGGAUUCUUAGCGACGUAGAUCAUUAAGUACUACUACAGAUAUCUCUCCUCGGUUAUAAAGUGGUUUGUUUAAAAUAUCGAUAUGGCUAACUUGCUUAGCGCGGCUUCAAUCGUAUCAGUUUUCUGGGAGUAUGUAUUCCAAUCAUCUUUUUAUAGGUAUUUUUUUUAAUUUGUCCGGAUGUUUUACUGCCAUUUGGACAAACUAGAUUUCUUACUGUACUAUAUAAAGGCAUACAUGUUUGCUGUUAGUAAAUAAAAGAGUUCUUUUAUUA